ACAAUCUUCCUUUUUAAUCAUCAUGGAUUCCCCAUUUUUCGGUACCACCAUGAUCGAUAUUGAUAUGGAAACAGUCGCAAAUCCGUCAUCUGACUUACCUAAUUGGCUUAGAAGUGUGAUUGACCGGGCCCUCAACGCAACAGGAAUAACGUCUAAGAAAAAGGUUGCAUCGGAAGAAGCUAUUGCUUCGUUAGAAGAGGUUGACUUCGAUCUGCUUGAGAGCUUUGAUUGCCCCAUAUGUUAUGAUGAGUACAAGAGACAUCCAGACUCCCAUGAUGCAUCUUCAAAUAACUCACAAGACCCUCACAAAGACACACGAUCAUAUAUUGAUUUAAUCAAAGAGAAUGAUCAUGAUAUCAUAGAAGAACUCAGAUCCAACUGCAAUAUGCAUCUUGAAUCAAUGAACGAAACAUCCACAUUCAAAGAUCCACUGCUUUUUAUGCCUUUGGAUCAAACUGGAUUGGGAUAUUGUCGAUUUCCCCAAAGGAAUCUCUAUAGUUUGGAACCUCCAACCAAAGAAGACAUUCUUCCAGGCUUAGAGGAAUGGACAAAGAAAGAAGCCAAGAGGAAACCUCAAGCAACCCCUAAUGAUGCAGAACAUGUACCAGUAAGAAUGCCCAACUGUAAGCAUGUAUUUGGAAAGAGUUGUAUUAUCGAAUGGCUCACCAAUAAUGCUAGUUGUCCAUUAUGCAGAAAAGAGGUAGAGGAGUCUAAAGAGAAGAAUGCCCAUGUUUUACACCGGGAGCGGUUAGAAAGAUUGAUCUCAAGCAAUUAUAAUGAUCCAUCAAACACUUUAUCUCACUUGAUGGACUGCUCGACAGAUAUAUUCAAUCCCUUUAAGAGGCCAUUCAAUCCAUCAAUAACCCCUUUAACGGAUGCCUUCAUUAGCCGGACAUUGGCUACACCAACUUGUACACUCCCAGGAAAUACAAUAGACCAAGUAAGGGUUAAAGAACCCAACUUGGUUACAGCUGGUAAGUUUCCAAUUCCCAAUUUCCCCAUUGCAGCCAGUUCAGCAUUCAGCGUAACAAGACCGGACUCCAUAAUAGCCAUAAAUAGCAGAAGCAGAACUGGAAAUGCUAAUGGAAACACAGGUGUUGCACCGGCUGCAAAUACAGGGGUUACCUCGGCUGCAAAUACCACUAUUCCAGCAGCUGUUAAUGAAGACAAUAACGAUAGUUCCAGUGAAAGUGAUAGCGCUGACACCUCUUGGUGGAACUCAGCCGACUAGUUUACAUCUAUUAGAAGUUUCAAUAUGAUUGUGGAAGCAUGCACAAUGAUUCCAUUUGUCUGUCAGAUUCCAGAUGAAAAGUUGAAGAUCGCAUCGCGAUUGUGUACAGCAGAAACAUUAUUUAUCCCUCAUAUUAAAAUUUACUUAUGAUAUAACCAUUAGUGGAACCAUAAAACGGAGUAAGAAGCCUCGAAAAGUGAUCAAUCAAGCAAUCCACCUAAAUCCUUGAAUAAGGUCAAUACCAAAACAGUCAACUCGAAAUGAUAUCGCCGUCAAAUCACGGGAGGUUUUCUUUAAAAUUUCCUUUAAAUGUGUGUGAUUUGGUGCUUUUGAAAGAGACCAAGUCAUGUAUGAGAACAUCAAUAAAAAUGACGUUGAAGGACAAUAUGGAGACCUUUUAUCGUAAACGAUGGAUGUCGGGAGUUCAAUCAGCAAAUAAUAUUUCUGAGCUUAAUAAUAAGAUAGAAGAUGACUUAGA